UUCAAAGCGUCGCUGGAAUUUAAUAAAGCAGUUAGUUACUGUUAGUACUAUAAAAAGUGUCAAGUGGUAAACAUACGGUCAUACCUAUAAAAUUAAUUAUGAUUGUUUCGUCUUCUCAAUAAUUUGUAUCACAUUACAGUUGUUAUGUUUUAUGGGAGGAGCGCUCUUCCUUUUUCUGAUCUUGAUGUUUGUUGUCGAUGUUGUGUUGCCGAAAGAUGCCUUAGCUAACAAAGCGACGUGGUUGGGUUGACAUCCAGCAAGCGAUCACCAUCAUUCGUGUAAGUUAAAAGAGUCAAAAGUGAUUGAUGUAGCUUUGGGAAGCCCACCUCGACGAAGUCAACAAACUGAUCAGAUAAUAAUCAAAAUGUCGUCGUACGAUGAGGAUGGCCAGUACGAUGGAAUGUCCAGCAGCUAUGCCGUCGGUUCAUUACCGAAAUUUGGUUAUGGAACGGACGAUUACGAUCCAGAGUUUGGAUCGUUUAUGCCUGCUGAAGUCAAACCAAAGAUAUUGCUCAUGGGUUUGCGAAGGUCUGGCAAAUCGUCCAUCCAGAAGGUGGUUUUUCAUAAAAUGUCACCGAACGAGACUCUAUUCCUGGAAAGCACCAAUAAAAUAACGAAGGACGAUAUUUCCAGCAGUUCGUUUAUUCAGUUCCAAGUUUGGGAUUUUCCGGGACAGAUUGACUUCUUCGAUCCGUCUUUCGACGCAGACACCAUUUUCGGUGGUGCAUGUGAAGCGCUCAUUUUCAUAUUGGAUGCUCAAGAUGAUUACAUGGAUGCUCUUGAAAAACUGCAUGCGACGGUUAGUCGCGCAUUCAAAGUCAACCCGAACAUCCAUUUCGAAGUGUUUAUCCACAAAGUGGAUGGCUUAUCGGACGAUCAAAAAAUUGAAACGCAACGUGAUAUUCACUCACGUGCCAAUGAUGAGCUUUCUGAUACGGGAUUGGAAAACAUCCAUUUGAGUUUUUAUUUGACGAGCAUUUAUGACCAUUCAAUUUUCGAGGCAUUCAGCAAAGUCGUGCAGAAAUUGAUUCCUCAAUUGCCCACCAUGGAGAAUUUGUUAAAUAUAUUUAUUUCGAAUUCGAACAUCGAAAAGGCCUUUUUAUUCGACGUUGUCAGCAAAAUCUAUGUGGCAACUGACAGUAACCCAGUGGAUAUGGCAUCCUACGAACUGUGUUGUGAUUUUAUCGAUGUGGUCAUCGAUGUUUCUUAUAUUUACGGUAUGCGUGAAGAUGUGGAGGCUAGCGCUUUUGACAGCCAGUCGUCGUCCAUUAUUCGCCUGAAUAGCUCGUACAUUCUGUAUUUGCGUGAGGUCAACAAGUAUCUUGCUUUGGUAUGUCUGCUGCGUGAGGAAAACUUUUCCCGACAAGGGCUCAUUGAUUAUAACUUUUUCUGCUUUCGAGAUGCACUGCAGGAAGUUUUCAAUAUUCGCGCCCGCGUUUCUGGGAUUCGAGAAAGGAACCAUAACAGCAUCAGCUACACGAACAGCAUUUCCAGGGAUUACUGAUAAAGUUUGAUAGUGGUAAGGCUUAUUGCCUUGUUUUGAUUUUUACGUUGAUGUUAUUCGCUGUGUUGUAUAAGAAAUUCCUCGAUAGUGCGGGGUAUUUUUUGAUUUUGUUUUCCGUAGUACAGUAAGAAUCUGACUAACACUUCUUACAAGCUAAUUAAUUGUUAUGGUUUAAAUAAAGUUUUAACGCUACUUUGG